ACCACCACCUCCGCCACCGGGACGGGCGGCGACCAGAUCGGCCGGCCGGCCGGGGAAGGGACGAGUAAAAUAUCCAUCCGCCCCGCGGAGGGCGUCGCCAGUUGCGCGAUCCUUUCUUUUCUUUUUCCCUCACAUGGCCGCGCGAUUCCUCGCGCCCGCGCGCUCGCGCCUCCGCCAAUUUUAUACUAUUUCCCGGCACAUGGCCGCGCCCCCGCCCUGCUCCGCUCCGCUCGCUGCCAUUAGAUCCUCCGACCUGAACUCCCCGCAAACUCCACCGCCCACACCUCCCCUGCCCUGCUCCUCCUCGCAUUGACCCCCCACUUCCAACUCAAUCUCGUCCCCUCUGCUCCAGCCCUGUUCCUGCCCUUUGCGGCCGUGCGUUCGGAAGGGAGGAAGCUCGCGUCUUCUUCUCUGAGGUUGUUCGACCCAGGAGCUAACCACGACUUGUACACUAUCAGAGCACUGGGAACAUUGAAAUUUGAAGUAGAAAUUAGCGCUCGUGAGCUACGGUCGGCAAACAACAAUUGUUGGGUGCACAAUACCUCGCACUUGAGUGAGAUUUCAAUGUGACCAGGUAACAAUAGUAGCUAGUAUUAAGAAAGAUGGGGGAUGAAUACCUAUCUGAUCCUGAAGAUGAGGUCGCACCAUCGAUGUGGCCUGAGAACAUAGGGGAUAAGCACAAGAAGCAGUUCAAAAUGGAGAAACUUGGGAAUGACCACGAUGCACUCAAGGAUGUUAAAUUUGACCAGCAGCCUGUUCGUAUGGAUAUCCACCGACUUAUAGAAAUGGCAAAUUCUGAGAAAGGCACUUCUCAUAUGCAAUACUUUGUCAAGCACUGGGAAUAUAAGCGGGCCAAUACUGUUCGGCUUCUCAACGAACAGGUUGGCCUUCUCUCCCAACAGAGAAAAGAGAUUGAAGAAAAGAAGCUACAAAUCUUGGAGGAUCAGCGCUGUCAGGAUGAAAAUUAUUAUGCUGCGAUUCGGCAAGUACCAAUACUGGAUGAAGUCUACAAAGAUGAAUGGAAGCGGCCAAGCAAAAAGGGUGAUGACCUUUCCUGUAAUCAAGAGCUUAAAAUAGAUGCAGAAUACGACAGUAUUUUCUACUGGAAAGAGCGAGCAAUGCUGCUAGAAAAAGCACUUGAGGCAAGCCUGCAAAGGGAACGUGCAUUGGAGGAAAAGUUAGAGCAAAGUAUAAAGAAUCUUCAGUCACAUACACCAGUGGAGGAAUUCUCUGGAAUGUUAAAACGAGCUGAUUACUUCUUGCACUUGGUUCUCGAAAGUGCUCCUAUUGUAAUUGCUCAUCAGGAUACUGACUUGCGGUACCGGUUCAUUUUUAACCACUUCCCAACACUUGCUGACGAGGAUGUUAUCGGUAAAACCGACUACGAGAUAUUGGCAGGAGAGGGUAUAGAUGAAAUGAAUAAUGUCAAGAGAGAGGUUAUGGCCAAGGGUAUUCCGACUAAGAGAGAGUUUGUAUUUAACACUCCAUUGUUUGGAGCAAAGACCUUUGUGACAUACAUUGAACCAGUAUUCAGCAAAUCUGGUGAGACAAUUGGUGUGAAUUAUGUUGCAAUGGACAUAACAGAUCAGGUCAAAAGAAGAGAGAAAAUGGCGGACAUACGGGUGAGAGAAGCUAUCCAACAAGCUAAGGAAACAGAACUUAGCAGAUCUCUUCACAUAACUGAGGAAACAAUGCGAGCAAAACAAAUGCUAGCCACCAUGUCCCAUGAGAUCAGAUCUCCUCUUUCAGGGGUUCUUAGCAUUGCUGAAAUUCUUACAACUACCAAACUGGAUAAAGAACAAUAUCAGCUGCUAGAAGUUAUGUUAUCUUCUGGAGAUCUUGUGUUGCAAUUGAUCAAUGACAUCCUUGAUCUUUCCAAAGUGGAGUCAGGUGCUAUGAAACUAGAGGCUACAACAUUUAGACCAAGGGAAGUUGUUAAACAUGUACUUCAAACUGCUGCUGCUUCUCUGAAGAAGGAAUUGACCCUUGAAGGUUGCAUAGGUGAUGAUGUUCCAUUGGAGGUCAUUGGUGAUGUCCUAAGGAUUAGGCAGAUUCUGACCAACUUGAUCAGCAAUGCAGUGAAGUUUACACAUGACGGGAAGGUUGGGAUAAAUCUACAUCUUGUAGAUAAGCAGCAAGCAGGAUGCGAACUAGAAAAUGGACAACUUCCUAUGAUAGCCCAUCCCGCAUGCGCAAAUAAUACUGCCGCAGAAAAAUCUGCUGCCUCUCCAAGAAUCUGUGAUUCAGAUACUUCGUGUUGCUCCAGUCGUGGAGAUGCUUGUCAGAAUGGGAUUUCAUCAGAUGAAAAUUUAAGGGAGUAUAACGAGGGAGAAGUUGUUUGGCUUCGCUGCGAUGUAUAUGAUACUGGGAUUGGAAUACCAGAGAAGUCCUUGCCGUUUCUGUUCAAGAGAUAUAUGCAAGCCAGUACUGAUCAUGCUAGAAAAUAUGGCGGGACAGGGCUUGGCCUUUCGAUUUGCAAGCAAUUGGUGGAGUUGAUGGGUGGUAGUCUAACUGUGGUUAGCAACGAGGAUGAAGGAUCAACAUUUACAUUCAUGAUACCUUGCAAAAUUCCUGUAAAAGAGGAGCUCAGUGAUGAUCCUGAUGAUGCGCCCAGUUCUCGUAAUGAUUUGACUAUCAGUGAUAUAGAGGGUUCUUUCGUUUUCAAGCCAAAAGUACGACCUUCUCUUCUGUCUUCAGGAGUUCCAUUAAUGAACAACACCAAGUUGUUUGGCACUGAGAUUAUGUGCUAUGAUCCUACUAACAUAUUAGAGGAUCAUAAGCCACUCUCAAAUGGUUUCGUGUCAUCGAAAGAGAAUUCUGGAAAGUGUGCACCUGCUGCUAGCCAAUCAAAUGGUCCAAGUGUUAGGAACAUUGAUGAAGACCAAGAUAAUGGUUCCAUGAUCUUUGAUCUGAAUAGUCAAGCUGAACGGAUUUCCAGUUCACGAGGCGACACAGCAUCAAUUUCAGGGGCUGACAUUCAGGAGGGAAGGAAAGCAUGCAAAGCUCUUGAAGAAACAUCACUUAACAAGAAAUCCAAGUGUUCUCCAAGUAGCAGUAAGGCAAAGAUUCUCCUUGUCGAAGAUAACAAAGUCAAUAUAAUGGUGGCAAAAUCAAUGCUGGCGCCGCUGGGCUACGGAAUAGACAUAGUAAAUAAUGGAAUUGAAGCAAUCCAUGCAGUACAGCGGUGUCAAUAUGAUCUUAUCCUGAUGGAUGUUCACAUGCCAGAAAUGGAUGGCCUACAAGCCACUAGAUUGAUCCGUUCGUUUGAAAAUACUGGCUGUUGGGACGCUUCUGUAAAGACUGAAGGUAAUCAGAUGCUAGCUAACUCAGCUUUUUCAUCUGAUUGCGCACAAGAAAAGAAAGGGAAGAGAGUUCCUAUAAUUGCGAUGACAGCAAAUUCAUUUUCAGAGAGCGCUGAUGAGUGCCUUGCUGCAGGCAUGGAUUCUUACAUAUCAAAGCCAAUGAACUUACAAAAAACAAAAGAGUGCCUGCAGCGCUAUUUGUUAUCUCAGUAACUAACCAAUGGCUGUAAAGUAGAAAGAUGAUGAUCCCAGAGCUGGUGCAUAAUAAAGAUUUGGUCCUGAUUACAGAAUUGUUUAUUCCUGCUGGCUUCAAGUGCUAGUGUCACUAGCAGCAGUGAAAGGGGCACACACUGAAAGGGACAUGACAAAUGCCAUGGAUAAAGCUCUCCUUUCUUCAGGUUAGGAGAAUGGUUUUUCUUCAGCAGUUGAGCACAAGGGCUGCAUUGAGCUAGGGUUGAUAGGGGCACAUAUUUGAAAGGGACCUAACAAAUGCCAUGGAUAAAGAGCUCUCCUUUCUCCAGGUUAGGGGAAAGGGUUUCCUCCAACAGUGCUGGCGCAGAGCAGUUAAGCACAAGGGUUGAUGUACCGCGGAAACAAGCUUGUGGGCGACGGCGCGGUCGCCAUCACACAUUGUUCUCUCGGCCCCGGUUCGUCACCUCGACAGCGACCAGUCACGAGAAAAGAGCGACAGAUCAGCCGCCAUAUUUUCUACCGGCCGGCGAGCUUUGGGUGCAUGGUGGUGCAAUCAUCUUCAGGUACCAAAAGGGGGGGGGGCACAAGUUGGUGAUGGCAUAUGCGCGGGUGGAGUGGAUCCGGCUCUCUUGUUGAUCUGCCUGAUAAGCAGCCCUUCUGCAACAUGUGCUGCCACUCAAACUCAGGAGCAUCCAUGCAUCUGAAGCCUGCCUAUUGCGGAUAAUGCUUUAUUUUACUACAUGGAAAACAAGUAGCUGAAACCUGUGCAGCUUCAGGAACCUGGAUUGGUAUUUCCUGAGGGUUGCUCGCCUGGUAUCCUGUGAAGCAUCAGGUGCUCAUUCAUCAUGAUCAAGAACUCACCAGGAAGCUCACCAAAACAACAAGCAGUGCAUCUGCUUUUUCACUUUGCAUCUGCUACAGAUUUUCAGAACACCUGAGCACUGUGGGGAAGUAUCAGUUCCUGCACCCCGGCAGCACAGAAUCUGCAGCCCACAGGUCAACCGCCUUCCCGGACGCAAAUGGCGACUGGCCGAUCGUCGACACCCUCCAGUGCGGUGCCGACACGUUGCCGUCGUUGCACCGGAGGAUGCGCAGCUGUGCCCUCAGGAAUUAAGAUGUUGUCAUCCAAAAAUAAUUGUUCAGCAGCCAAAGGCAAUACAGUCCGAUACAUUCAGUUGCGCGGGGUACUAAUUAAUUUGCUUAUUCUGAAGACACCCUGGGACCGUGACGGGACGUGGAUUCAGCUCUCACUGGGAAUGGUGUUCUUCGACGGGUGCCACUGGCAUGCCCAGGUUCAUGUAGUAGGAUUCGUCCCGUUAUUCUUGGCCACAACUAGGCUAGACAUGUUGGAAGCUGUUGCGUUUACUGCUGCACGAUGACCUCUGUUGGAGUCGGCACACUGUUCGCUGGAGACUGAUGUUUUCCCACGGUAUCUCACUUGUCAACAGACAGGGCUGCACGCUUUUCCCUUUCAGUUUCCCUUUUUUUUAUUCUCUUUGCAUAAUGGAUUUUGUGGGCAGUGUAUAAUUAGGAUGGAUACCUUAUGUUUCCUCGAAUAGUUGUUUUAGGUUAGCGGAAUUCAGUCGAGCGAGGCCUAGUGCAAAGUUAAGUAUAGUAGUACUCCUAAAAUUUGCAUGUGGUAGCCAAUAGGAUAUUUUGGGCUUCCAG